GCCUUCUCCUCGGCGCCUAGAUUUACAUCCGGGUCCUUAGGCUUUACGCUCCUCGCGCCGGCUUCUGUUUCUCCGGGCUGACUGCCUGCUGGUUAUUUUCGCUGUUCCAGCCUCGGAAGAGCCGGUGGGUCGGCAGGUUUGAACUUCUUGUCCUGGAAGCUGUGCAUCACCAUAAUGAGGCUUGUAAUUCUUGAUAACUAUGACUUGGCUAGUGAAUGGGCAGCCAAAUACAUCUGUAAUCGCAUCAUUCAAUUCAGACCUGGACAGGACAGAUAUUUUACACUGGGUUUGCCAACAGGGAGUACACCUUUAGGAUGUUAUAAAAAACUAAUAGAAUAUCAUAAGAAUGGAGACCUUUCUUUUAAAUAUGUGAAGACCUUUAACAUGGAUGAAUAUGUAGGACUUCCCAGAAAUCAUCCCGAAAGCUACCAUUCUUAUAUGUGGAAUAACUUUUUUAAGCAUAUUGAUAUAGAUCCUAAUAAUGCUCAUAUCCUUGAUGGGAAUGCUACAGACUUACAAGCAGAAUGUGAUGCAUUUGAAAAGAAAAUAAAAGAAGCUGGAGGAAUUGAUCUUUUUGUUGGAGGAAUUGGUCCAGAUGGUCAUAUUGCUUUCAAUGAGCCAGGAUCCAGUUUAGUAUCAAGGACAAGAGUAAAGACUCUAGCAAUGGACACCAUUUUGGCAAAUGCUAAAUAUUUUGAUGGAGAUUUAUCAAAAGUGCCAACUAUGGCUCUAACAGUUGGUGUGGGGACAGUGAUGGAUGCUAAAGAAGUAAUGAUCCUCAUAACAGGUGCACACAAGGCAUUUGCUCUCUACAAAGCAAUAGAAGAAGGAGUCAAUCACAUGUGGACUGUUUCAGCCUUCCAGCAACAUCCCCGAACUAUUUUUGUAUGUGAUGAAGAUGCUACUUUAGAAUUAAGAGUUAAAACUGUGAAAUACUUUAAAGGCCUUACUCCAAUAGCUCCAAUAGCUUGAUAGAGGCUGAAUGAAUUCAGAUUGAACCAAACUAUAAAAUCUAUUAUAUUUAACUUUUCUUCUUCAAGCAACAUCAGAAAGUCUAUGCAUUUUUAUCAAUACUCAUUAGAAUUUACUUCUGUUUAUGAGUUAAGCAGUUAUUUAUUUUUAUCACAUUCUUGUGUAGAACGUUGUCAGUUUUUACCUUUAGUCAUAGCAAACUCUUGAUUUAUUAUUCAGAAAGCAAGUACUAAAAUUUCCAAAAUUAUUUUUAGUUUGGAACUAGCUUUAUGUUAUGUACAAGUUACAGCCAGUGUUUAGUUUUUAAAAAACUUUACAGGAGUUGUAUUUUUAAUGUUUAUCCUGAUGUUUUAAGUUGUGUGUUUUUAAGCUCUAAUGUAUUCUUUCCAUGAUCAAAGCUUUAAGUGAAUGAUAGAUGAAUUAUAUCAAGUAGAAUGAUCCUCAAAGAGCUGAUACUCUGGAAGAGGUAUAUCUUCUAAACCACAUGGCUGAGAUUACCAUUAUCUUUGUUUGUCCCCUCUCUUGGGUCUCUCCAAUCUCCAUUUUGCUGCUUUUUACAUACUGGUUGUUAAACUUUUCAGUUAAAUAUUAUUUUAAAUAAGAUUGGUUCUAUUUAGAGCUAAUUAUUUGGUAAAUAUUUUUCAUUAGCAGAUACCUUUUACAGUAUUAAAAAAUUACCCUUUAAUGUUUAUUUUUGGUAAAUGUAAACUAUAUUUUCCAGUUAAUGUCAUCAGCCAAGAAACAUGGGUUACAGUGCCUUCAAGUACAUUGUCUCAUGUGUUGUUAUACCCGAAAGAAGUACAAGUAUCCCUGCCUGAAAGUAGUUGGCAUUCUUCAUAAAACUGGCUCACUAAGUGAUUCGAGAAAAUAAAAUGUAGCUCCAUGACGGUAGGGACUUCAGUUUUGGUUCAUUGCAAUAGAUGAGCAUCUCAAAGGGUACCUACCUAGUACACUGGAGACACUUGGUAAAUUCUAGGUAGUUGGGCAGGUAGAUGGAUGACACAUGAAGUUGAUACCAUUUCAGUUUAAGUGCUAAAUUAUGUAAAUCACUGUGAAGUCCAAGGGAUGUUAAGGGAGAGAUUUUUAUAGUUACAUAGUAGUUGAUGAAAACUUGAAUGGAGCUGAUGGGACUGAGAGCUGUAGAAGAUGGUAACACUUAGAUUUGAAGAGAAUGCCAUAAUAGCACAGGUGUAAGGAUGAGCUAACACAGUUGCAGAAAAAGUUCCUCUUAAUAGAGAACAAAGUAUACCGAUAAAAUGGGGCUAGCUUAUACUUUAAAAACAAAAUUAAGAGUGAAAAGGCAAAUGAGGGCUUGCAUAUCAGUGGCCUUUCAAAAGGGUAUUGGGGAGGAGGGGUUAUUAGCCCUGAGAAAAAUAUUCGUAUGUAUUAACAUUUUUUGAGCAAAGAACAAAUGCCAAUAAACCAGUGUGCUUCAAAUCCAGCCUCGGAGAUAGUUUGCAUAAAACAGUCUAAUGAAUGAAGUAUUUGUUGGUUUGUCCACAUACUCAUGGAUUUUUAUCACAGGCUUUUUGUCUGCACUGGUAAGCACGGAAGGGAGGGUUAUAUAACUUUAUGGAACUGUCACUAUAGAAACAUUCAAGUAUCAGAGAUUACAUUAUCUCAGACAUAUAUACCAAACAUCAUUAUAAGACUUUUAUGCACUAUGUUGAGUACAUUGCUUUCUUUUUUAAAUUUUUGAGCUGAGGUUACUCCAUUUUAUAAGUAAGGCCAGAUGGAUAAAUGGCUGCCAUAUACCUGAGGUGGAGGCAGAACCGAUCAAGUGCCUUUAUGCUUAGUUUGGUACUUUUUAUACAUAAUUCUUUCAUUUCCUGGGUUAGCUGUGCUCCUUGUUUUGCUUUCUUCAAACUCUUCCCAUUACUUAUUUUAACCUUUUGACCCUUCUGUCCCUCCAGCUGCAUGGAAGGCUUAACUUCAGUUCCUCCACAGUCCUACCUCCAAGAUUUUAAAUUUAUCCUAAUCGUUAAGCAUCCUUUCCUUUCACGUCUAGCCGUUCUGCCAGUGCCCUUGAUACUUUUCUGUCUUCAGGACCUUGAACUACAGAAUCUUGGUCUCUGCUCCCUCCUUUUUUCCUGCCUCCUUUUUAACUAUAUUCUAGAUUCAUUUUAAAUUUAAAAAAAGCUUCCAGAGACCAUCUCACUGAAUCUUCACAGAUUUUUUAAAGUAAAUGUUUCUUGAGCUCCCAACAUGUAUCAUGACCUUUAUAGACCCAGGACUUAGAGCAGUAAAUUUAAGGUCCUGGACCUCAGAUUCUAGUUGGAGACAUGGUAGGAAAAACAUUUUCUAAGAGUGAAAAUUGCUCUAAAGAAAGUGAAACAGUAAUUCAUUAUAAGGUGACAUUUGGGCUGAGACCCAAAAAGCCAAAAGGAGAUAAUCAUGCUUUGCUCAGGGAGAAGAGCACUCCAGGCUGAAUGAGACAGCAAAUAUAAGGACCCUGUACUAUAACCAAGCUUAGCUUUUCUGAGGUAAUGGCAACAAAGCCAGGGUUGAGUGUAACACAAAAGGGGGAGAGUGGGGAGGACAUGAGAUCAGAAGGAUAAAUGAAUCUAAAUAAUAUACAUAUAUAUAAUAUAAUAUAUAUAAUAUAAUACAAUCUAAAUUAUAUUCUAAGUGACAAGAGCAAUUGGAGAAUUUUAAGUUGGGAAAUGGUAUAAUCUAGCUUCUGUUUUUAGAAAAAUUGGACAAUGGGAAGUGAUGAAAGUAGGGUGCUGAGUUGGUAAUCAGAUUAGAGAUGAAAGUGGCUUCGACUAAGGGCAGUGCUGUGGAGAUGAAGAAAUGUAGCUAAUUUGGGAUAUAUCAAUAUUUUGAAAGUAGUGCCCACCAGUCUUGCUGCUGAAUUUAAAAAGGAAAGAGAAAAAAAUCAACAGUGAAUUUCAGUUGUCUGGCUUUAGCAGCUCAUCAGAGGGUAACACCAUAUACAGUAUUUUUAAAGAAAUGGUUUAGAAGGGGAAAAUGGGUCUGGAUGUUGUUAACAAGUUUGAGGUGCUGAUUAGACACUGAAGUGAGCUGUUGAGUUAAUUAGCAUUCUCUCUUUCAAUUUCACGAGUGAAUAUUUCUCUCUCCUUUUAAGACUGUUCCACUCCUGGUUUUUCUUCUACUACACGUAUACUUAAGUGUUCUCUGCAUGUCCCUUUGCUUAUCUCUUAAAAGUGGGUCUUCACAGUUUGGAUUUUAGAGUGCUUUUGCAGCCUUUCUGACAAAGUACACCUUCUUACUAACAAGUACCCUGUCUCCUCGAUCCAGUAAUCCCAUUUCCUAAGAAAACCACAUUAUGAGUCCCUUUCCCCAGCCUCCAUGUUCUUAACAACCUGGUAAAUUUAACUGAUUUCUUUAACCUGCACAAUAUAAAAUCUUUAGUUCAUUAAUUGGGACAGUUUAUUUCCCUAAAUACGAUACAUGUGCAUUAAGACAUGAAUAACUGGAAUAUAUCUCCCAAGAAGCUUUAAUAAAAUUAAGGACAGUUUACAAGCAUACCAAUUAUAAGAUGAAAUUUAAAUUUACUUGGAAAUUGAUAUUUAGGUUAUCUUAUUGUUUUAGUAAACCUGUGUGGCUUGUAAUCAACCCCUAUUGUAAAUACACAUGUCAAAAUAGUAGAAAAUAAUUUGCCAGAUGAAUGGAUAGGGUAAUAUAUUAGAGAACUGAUGUAACAACAGUUCUGAGCCCUUUGUUGGAGUCUGUUAGAUUAACUGGCAGAGGGUCAAACUCAACAGACUUUUAGAUGUAAUUAGUAUUCAAAUUUGUUAUUUUGUCAUACUGAAGGAAGUUCUAAAGACAAGAACUGCCCCUACUUCUGGUUACUCACAAAGAACCUGUACCCAUUCCAGAUCCAUGGUUUCAUAAAUAACUAAAUUGAUAUAUGCUAGGUAGUUAAAACUAAACAUUCUGAAACAUUUCUAUUUGCAUUUUUCCAAUAAAUUUAACUAUUUUGUACUAGAUGGGAGCCAGAAUACUUGUAUUUUAAUAUUAAAUCUUUUGUUUUCUAAAUAAGAUAUAGUUCAAAAUAAGAAAUACAACUAGAACUGUGCUUUUUUUC